AUUAUUACAUUAUUAUGUUUAAAUAACUAGUUAAAGUGAUCAGUUGAAAGUAAAGUUAGUUGUGUUUCUGAUGUAGUUUAAUUGUAACUUUGCCUUGUUUAGCCAAUCAUAAUGGAACCAUCUUAUACCACUAAUCGAAUUAAUUAUUACGAGAAUGAGUUUGAAUCAAUGCCUAUAACAUUUAAAUGGAGUGAAGCUCGUCUCGCUGACCCCAAAAAGCCUCCUAAACCGUUGAUCAGUGAACCUGAAGAGACGUCAUUUUUUCACUAUCUGCUUCAAUUACCACAGGAAAUUGUAACUUCAAUUUAUAUGAAAACAAUGGGAAUCAAAUUAAUCUAUCCAGGAUCAACAAUGAUGAACAAUUUAUUAAUGUCUCAGAAAAUUCGGGACAAACGAUUACGCUUGAUUAAAGAUUAUUCAGGUAGACGGUGUAAAUUGUUGACAAAUGAUGGCAAUCUCAUUGAUUCAAUGUUUAUCGAUCAAAGAGCUAACACUGCUAAAGGAAAUGCUUUGGUUAUUACUUGUGAAGGAAACAUGGGUUAUUAUGAGUGCAGCAGUCUAUGGUGUCCGUUAUUAGCAGGCUACUCUGUUCUUGGUUGGAAUCAUCCUGGUUUCGGCUCUUCAACUGGUCAACCAUUUCCUGAAGCUGAAGUUAAUGCCAUUGAUACCGUUAUGAAGCUUGCUCUGGACAAAUUUGGUUUUAGUCAAGAAUCGAUUAUAUUGUAUGGUUGGUCUAUUGGUGGUUACACUUCAAGCUGGGCUGCUAUGAACUAUCCUCACAUUCGAGGCUUAAUUCUAGAUGCUUCUUUUGACCAUAUUUAUAACGUAAUUUCGAGUAAAAUACCGAGAAUCAGUCGUACUUAUUGGCAGACUUCAAUGAGAAAACAUUUUAACCUGAAUGUUUCAGAUCAUCUAACUCGUUAUCCUGGUCCAGUUUUGGUCAUACGAAGGACUAAAGAUAUUGUUACAACAGACAUUCUAUCUGAUCAAAUCAUGUCAAAUCGAGCAAAUUAUAUCAUAAUCAAUCUAUUCAAUCAGCGUUUCCCAUCACUAAUGGCUGAUACAUCUGUUUGUUUGGCUCUAAAAUGUUGGCUGUCCGGUGAUUCUAAUCAUCAAGAUCGAAUGAUGAUUGACCAUAAAGUUGAUUCAGUUGCAUGUGAAUCUAUUUUGAGAAAUUAUCUUAAUCAAAAUGGUCGACGAUUCCCGGUUUUCAUUGGUAAUGGGUUGGAUGAACAGACAAAAAUUUGUUUGAUUAUUUUUCUGGUUUCCAAGCAUUUACUGGAUUUUGAUGAAAGUCAUUCUUGUCCUUUACCAGUGAGAUAUCUAAUUGAACCAUGGGAUCUUUUUAAGAUUUGAGUCACCAUUUGUUGGAGAUUGAAACUAUUAAAUAACUUGAAAUUGAUUUGUAAA